UUCGUGCGACGCAACGACCACCAUCAUCCAUCACCUAAGGUUAGUUUUCUUGAAAUAACCUUUAAUUAUUUUCUUGUAGAUUUGAUUUGAUUCUUGAAUUGGGUGUUCUUUGAUUGAGAUUUUUGGUGAUUGUUUGUUUGAAGAGAACUUAUACUAUUGAAUUAGAGUAUUUUUGCUGAAUUACCUACUGAAUUAGAGCAUGUUUUAUUGUUUGUUUACUGAAUUAAAUGGCACCAUUUAUUUGCUAACUCAUAUUUACAGAACUGAAGUAUCAUAUACCAUAAGCUGCUAUGUACUACGAAAUUUGAUAGUCAUGAGAUCAGUGAUUGAUUAAUGAAUUUGAUAGUCAUGAGAUCACUAGUUGUAAUGAAUUCGGUGCACCCACUUAUUAAAAAAAUGUAGUAAGUUUGUCUCUAUAUGUGAGGAUAUUUGUGGUUUGCUACUCCAAGCUAAUGAAAGCAACAGUUAAUGCACAACAACCUUUUUGCAAGGUAUAGUAGUGGAAUAUCUCAUGUUGGUGACUUGAGUUGGUAAUAAGUAGGCCAUAUAUUAGUACUACUGCAUAGUUGUUAUUAUUAUGUGCAAUAAGACUUGAGAAACAUUUACUUCUUUUUAAUUAUAAUUAUGAUGAUAUAUCAGAUGUCAAGUACUAGAGAAAGAGGUUGUAUUAGCCAGAAAGAUGGAAAUAAAGGAAAAGGAAAGAGGCAAUUACUUGACACUGAAGCACCAUCGGAGAAAAUUAUAGUGGUCGACUUGGAAAAAAAAAUGACAGAACUCGAAAAGGUGUUACAAUGUCUGCGAGAGCUAGGGCUGUGAAAGCUAGAGAAGAAGUUUUAGCCCCUACUAGUAAAAAUGAUCGAGAGAAAACUCAUAUGGAGGACUUUACUAUCCCCAACUAUGUUGAUAAUGAUUCAGAUGAUAAUAUUUCUGAAGAAGAAGAUAUGUUGUUUAGUGAUAUUCUAUUUCAGAGAGAACGUGAGGAUGAUGAGGAUCGAGUUGAUGAUAAUGUAGAGGUGAUCAUGGGCCGGGCCGGGCCGGGUUCGGGCCGGGCCGCGGCCAAAAAAAAUUGCCCAUUGGCCGGGCCGGGCCUAAAUUCGGGCCGAAUUUUUGUGUCCAAAGCCCGCUAUUUCGGGCCGGGCUUAGCGGGCUUUUGCGGGCCAAAACGGGCCGGGCCAAAAAAUAGACUAAAAAGUCGUUUUUAGCUUGCCCAAAGCCCGGCCAAAAACAAAAAAAAAAUGGCCGGGCCGGGCCCGGCCCGGCCCGCGGGCCGAAAAAUUCUGCCCAAACCCGGCCCAAAAACGGGCCGGGCCAUGUUUGAUCACCUCUAUGAUAAUGGUGAUGAUACUGAUGAUGUAGAGGGUGAUGACAUAGGGGAGGAGGAUGAGGAAGAACAAAACGUACACAAAACUGAUGAUUGGCAGUUGAUUAGAGGGAUAGAUGGAGGACCUUCAAAUCCCGAUUUACUUACCGGUUUUCGCGCUCAUGUUGCACACUACAUAUGGAUUGGUCGGGAUCGAGGUUUGUUGACAUGCCACAAUCGAAGUGACCAGUUAUCUUCGUGGACUAUAGAACAAGAUGAUGUUAAACUUCUGCUUGCAAAAACACAAUUAAAACAUUUAUCAACUUGUAUGUUUGAGCACGUAAACCUGCCUCUGAUUUCAGCUUUCGUUGAGAGAUGGCAUCCUGAAACAAAUUCAUUUCACAUGCCAUUUGGAGAAAUGACCAUCACUCUUCAUGAUGUAUCUUAUAUACUCAAUGUACCCGUAGUAGGUAACCCUCUAAUUACUGAGAAUACAGGACCUGCGGUAUCAUUGAUGAAAACCCACAUGGCAUCCCUCCUAUAUAUGUCUAUGGAUGAAAUAAAUAAAAAUUGGAAGAAAGGUACCAUAAAAUUCAAUGUUGUAAAAUCUAACGUAUCUCAUCAAAAUGUAAAUCCAAAACAUACUGCAAUAGGAUUUUUGUUAUGGUUGGUUGGUGCUACAUUGUUUGUAGACAAGACUCAUAAUGCAGUGAAUGGACAUUUUUUACCUUUUCUAAUGAAUUUAGAAGGGGUUAGUAGUUAUGCCUGGGGUGCUGCAACUUUAGCUUAUAUAUAUCGUCAGCUCGGAAAGGCUUCACGAUUUCAAACUAAGCAAAUAUGUGGUUGUUUGACAUUACUUCAGGCAUGGAUAUAUGAAUAUUUUCCAAGAUUUAGGCCAACGGAAAAUGGGAAAUGGGCGAAACACCCAUAUGCUGCAAGAUGGGUACCUGGAAAGAUGAAAAAGACGAAUGAUGAUUUACAAUUAAUUUAG